CAACCAGGUAAGUUCAAAUGCUGCAUUUCCGCCCAGGGAAAAGAAAAACUUUCUAGUUUCUACGACGAUCACGAUCAGGCACCCGGUCCCUGUCUCUCCCUGUCCCAGUGAGCAACUCAGCAUCGCAUGGACCUGGACCGGCGCUAUUCGGGGCUCACCAAGGUAGGCUUCGGUGUCCUGGCGUGCAACUCGGCGCUCGUCGUCUACAAGUCCAGGGGCGACGCCGGCUCCGUCGCGUUCGUGCUCGUCGCCGACGCGGCACUCGUCCUCCUCUUCGUCUGCCUCCGUGAGUUCGAGCGGCGCCGUGGCAGACCAGCAGGGAGCGGCAGGAUCAAGGCCGCGGUGUGGGCGCUCACCACGCUGCUGACGGCGAUGUUCGCGUCCAGGGUGGCUCCGGUCAUGCCGACGCCCGUGGACGCUCUGGUCUGGGGCAUGGCCCUGGCCACGGCCGCCGGCGGACUGUGGGCGUUGUUUUUUACUGUAAUUGAUUAGCUCGUAGUAGUAGUCCCUAAGUUGCAUCGUGCAUUAUACUUAUACCCGUAUCGGCCCGUCGAUCUCUUUUGUAGUACGAUUGUACUUGUAAUUGAUUUGGUGUGAUCACCUGAAAUGCUUUUUGGUGUGAAACGAACAAGCCCUCAAGCAGAAACGGAGUCCACGCACGGAACAAGACGUAGGAAAAACUGUGAAAGUAGCACCCAGGUCGUGUCUUCCUCUCUCUCCCGCAUCGCGCCAUGCUGCUGAUGGG